AGAAAUUAUAUUUAUCCACCCCACUGCCAAGGAGAUCACAUGCCCCGUGAGUCACUCCAGAUGUGCUCAAAAAACAGUCUCUGUGUGGAAGCCCGGUCCCCCAAUCCCAGAGAGAGAGCUGGAUUAAGAGAGGUGCCGGCUCCCGUCCCACCCAGGAGGCAGCCGUCUGCCUCCGCCCUCCUGAGGCCAGGCGAGGGCACUUCGGCUCUUCCCGAAAGCGAAGCGAGUGGCGAGCCAUCGUCUCCCGGGCAGCAUCGGCUUUCCCGAGCGUACCUGUAGCCACCGGGGUCCCAUCGGGGAGAAAGGGCCACUUUCUCACCUUGGCAGACAAGAUGUGUUGGAAGACACUGCUGCUUCUGCUGUUGUACUACAAUGCGCAGGCCACCGUGUCCCACAGGUGGAGCAGGGCCGUGCUGUUCCCUGCUGCCCAUCGGCCGAAGAGGUCCUCGUCCAUGCCACUGAACCCAGUCCUGCAGAACUCCUUGGAGGAGGUGGAACUGCUCUACGAGUUCCUGCUGGCCGAGCUGCGCAUCAGCCCCGACCUGAAGAUCUCCAUCAGGGACGAGGAGCUGGACUCCCUGCGCAAGGCCGCGGCCUUCCGUGCCGUCUGCAACGAAGUCAUCCCCAAGCGCCUGCCGGACGUCCGGCGGCUGAGUGCCAGCCUGGCCGGGCGCCCCGGCGUCCUCAGGAGGGAGGACUUCGAGAGGACCGUGCUGACCCUCGCCUAUGCGGCCUACCGCACGGCGCUGUCCCAAGGGUAUCAGAAGGACAUCUGGGCCCAGUCCCUGGUCAGCCUCUUCCAGGCCCUGAGGCAUGAUCUGAUGCGGUCCGCAGGCCCCGGGGCGGCUCCCUGAGAGCCUGGGCCCUGUGCAGGGACCUGUACACACAGCAAUCCAGAAAGGCUUCCUUCCCUCACUCCUCCCACACAGCCCAGCAGGAAGACCGCCCAGCAACACAGAUCGGCCGAGAUAAAAUGCGAGGAGCCCCUCUGCGCUUGGUAGCUUCCUGCCAGGCGCACCUGCCGGGAGAAGGGGCCGCUGAGGUCCCUCGGGAUGCCUGUGAGGCGGGAUGCUCUGCCUGAGGUCAUGCAGGAAUCUUUAGGCUUCCCACGCAGAGCCAUCGCUGGACACACCAGGAGUGAGGGCGGGAGAGGGAGAGGGCGGCAGAGACGUGUGGCCAUGGCACAAAGAUGGGGUGGGGGGACAGCGGCCUGGCGCUGGCUUGAACGAAUGUCUCCCCAGCAGUUCCAUAGUAAACUCCAAGAAGCUAGAGCUACACCCAAAUAAAUGCGUUGUGAGCCAAGGGUGUACUUCCUGAGUUUGUCCGAGGUCAGGAAAUCAGUAGUUUUAUGACCUGUCUUAACUCACCCUCUCUACAAGAAAGGGGGCCACAGAGAUGCUGGGAGCCCAGUCCUGCCUUGUCUUUCCAACAGAGAACCCGAGCUAACGCAGAGGGGCCUUGCGAAUGGAAGAGGUGGCCCCGGCCUCUCUCUCCCAAUCCUAAAAUAAGUUAGCAUCUUCAAAUAACCAGGUGCUCCCAAGAAAACACAGGAUUUUACUCUGUCA